AUGUUUUCCUUGUCGGAGCUGGCGCCUCUGAACCAGCAUCAGAGCAGGUCUAAAGUGUUGAAGCCAUGGUGGGAGGUCUUCAUGGACUACUUGGUGGUCCUGAUGCUGAUGGCAUCUGUUCUGGCCUGUACUGAGCAACUGUCCAGGGACCGAGUGGUGUGCAUUCCCUCAGAUCCUCUUGUCACUGUAAAUACUAGUCAUCACAGGUCUUCAACUAGCAGCGAUGUGGCACUGACUCCGUCUCCAAAGCCACCAACGCACAUUCCACGCAACAGCAGCCCAAAUCUUCAUUCUACAGCUCGGGGUCGACGCACUCACCUGGUUUACCAGCAGUAUGUUUACAUUAGCCAGGUGUGCUACCAUGAGGCUUUGCCUUUGUGCUCCCGCUUCUUUCCCUACAUAGCCUUGCUGCAGUCUCUAGUGCUGUUAGCCAGUGGCUCCUUCUGGCUCCACUUCCCCCACACCUCUGCCCGCAUAGAGCACUUCCUAGCCAUCUUGGCAAAGUGCAGCGAGUCACCCUGGACAUCUCAGGCCCUGUCCCAUGCUGCCCAGCAAGAGAACAUCCAAGAGAAGGAAGUGAUUGAGGAGAGGCAACUACCUCAACCUCCUCAGUCUUCAAAUUCAUCUUCACCACCAGUGACCCGCACAAGACGUUCAAGCGUAGACUCAGGCACGGACAGCCCACUUUUGAAGAGGUCAAAUAGUGCAUCUACUGCCGCCCCUCCCUCCCCAUGCCCUUCCACAAACUCCUGUAACUCCACCGUGUCAUCUAUAUCCCUCGGCUCCAGGGUACACUUCCCUUCUCCUUCCAAGCCCUCGCUCAUGGUUGACAGUCCCAGGCAGGGAAUCAGUCUGGAUAAAAGUGAUGGGGAACAGGCCAGGGCACUUUUCGAAAGGGUCAGGAAAUUUCGAUCCCACUGUGAAAGCUCAGAUGUCAUCUAUAAGGUCUACUUGGCUCAGACGAUAUUCAAACUGCUGAUGCUUACACUGAUCGUGAGUUACACCAUCCCUCUUCUCAGCUCCUUCUCCUUCACCCACACCUGUUACCCUGAGGAGCAGGCCCUGGUGGGCUACACUACCUUUGAGUGCAUCCAUGUGCUCUCCUCCCUUCUACACAAACUGCUGGUGACCUACUUGGCCUUACUGGGGCUGUAUGGCCUGCUGAACUUUUACACCCUCAGUUGGAUUUUACACAGCUCUCUGCGGCAGUAUUCCUUCCACUCCCUGAAGGAGUUGUGCUCCCUGAGAGAUGUGCCUGACCUGAGAAAUGACCUGGCUUUUCUUUUACAUAUGUUAGACCAGUAUGACCCUUUGUUGGCCCAGCGCCUGUCCGUUUUUUUGUCCCCUGUCAGUGAGAGCAGGCUGCUGGAGGAAAGUUUAGAGAGGCGCUGGGGGGAGGAGAGGCUGCGUGCUAUGACUAGUGUGGAUGCAAAAGGCUGCUCUAGACUGCAGCUGGUGGCCCUGCCGCACCUUCCUCCAGCCCUCUUCACCCUCAGCCAGCUACAGGUCCUCAAACUUGAGCUCAUCACAGAUGCCAGCUUUACGGGGCAGGUAUCCAACAUGACCUCACUCAGGGAGCUCCAUCUGUACCACUGUACAGCAGCUGUGGAUCCCAGUGCACUUGGAGUCCUCCAAGAACGUCUGGAAGUCCUCCACCUCACUUUUACGCAGGCGUCAGAGAUCCCUAGCUGGGUCCUCUCCCUUCGCAACCUGCAUGAGCUCCAUCUCUCUGGUCGUCUGAGCAGUGAAGGCGGGGUGGGCCGCAGCUGGACACUGGGGAGCCUCCGCCAAUUACGUCACCUCCGUGUGCUGGUGAUUCGAGGCAUGUUACAGCGGAUCCCUGGGGAGCUGUGUGAGGUGGCCGGCAGCUUGGUGAGGCUGGAGAUCUACAAUGAAGGCACCAGGCUGCUUGUAAUGACCGGCCUGAAGCGGAUGUUUGACCUGACAGAGCUGCAGCUGCAAGACUGCCAGCUAGAGCGAUUGCCCUCUGCCCUCCUGGCUCUGACCAACCUGCGGACACUCGACCUGCAGCAUAAUAACUUGAGAACUCUGGAGGAACUUCUCAGUUUGGCUCAUCUGCGACGUCUCUCUUGCCUCAGACUUGCUUAUAAUCGUGUUCUGGCACUGCCAGCCAGUGUGGGUGUGCUUCGAGGCCUAGAGCUGCUAGACCUGUCCAACAACCAGAUCCAGAACCUAACCCCAGCGCUCUUCACCCUUCGCCGCCUUCGUAGGCUCCUGCUGGCUGGCAACCUGCUAGAGGAGCUGCCUGCAGAGGUAAGGGCACUGCAGCUGCUUACAGAGCUGGACCUCAGUGGAAACAGGCUAGAGAGGCUGCCCCCUGAACUCUUCAGUAGCUGUUCAGAGCUGCGCAUACUAAAUGUGGCUCGCAACUCUCUAAGUUCAUUACCAAGGGGGAUUGCAGCUUUAAGUGAGCUGUGCAAGUUGGACCUGCGCAGUAACAGUCUGGAGGAACUGCCUGCUGAAUUGGGCUGCUGCUCAGGCCUGAACGGAGAUGGUCUUCUGGUGGAAGACUGGCUGUUACUGUCUUUGCCUCCCCAUGUUAGGGACUUUCUGAGCCAUACUUGCCCCCCUUCCCACUCAGAGGGGCAUUCCCGGCCAGACUCAGACAGUUUCCCGUACUUCUCCCCCACACAAUGGAGCUUCUCCUCUGCUCUGGAAUCACAGAUAUAA